GAAAAAAAAUUAUAUGUGGCUUAUGUGGGGGACUCUAGGGCUGUACUUGGCAGGAGGAAAAAAGGAUUCCCAAAUGUGCUGGAGGCCUUCGAUCUGACGAAAGAUCAUAAACCCAAUUCCGCAGCCGAGAAGAAAAGAAUUAUAAGUUCCGGUGGGCAAGUAUUGAAGCUCGAGGGGGACAUACCCUACCGCGUUUUUUUAAAAAAUAAGUUUUACCCAGGCUUGGCCAUGUCAAGAGCCAUUGGAGACACGAUCGGUCACCAGAUAGGUAUAAUUUCGGAGCCCGAUUUCAUGGAAAUUAACAUAAACGAAGAUGAAGACAUCCUUGUUUUGAUAUGCAGUGACGGAGUAUGGGAAUUCAUUUCGUCGGAAGAGGCCAUUAACCUGAUCUACGAAUUUGGAUACGACAAUGUUCAAGACGCAGUUGAGAACUUAGCCAAGGAAUCCUGGGACCGCUGGCUAAACGAAGAGGAAAACAUUGUGGAUGACAUAACCAUACAAGCUAUAUAUUUAUCAGAAAAAUGCAAAAAAAAAAAACUAAAAAAUAAUUAA